AUGAAGAGCAACAUCAGUCUGACUCCCUCCUAUUUUCAGUUCACUGUAUUUGCAGACUAUGGGCCCCUCAGAUAUCUUUUCUUCAGCCUCUCUCUGAUAAUCUACAUGACUAUAAUCUCUGCUAAUCUUGUCAUUGUUCUGUCAGUCUGCCUGGAGAACUCUCUGCAUCAGCCCAUGUAUAUUUUCAUCUGCUCUCUGUGUUUAAACUCUCUGUACGGCUCGACCGGCUUCUUCCCCAGGUUCCUGAUGGACCUUCUGUCCGACACUCAUUUCAUCUCACGUCCACUCUGUUUCAUUCAGAUGUACGUUACUAACACUUACAAAGGACAUGAGGUGACUCUCCUCACAGUCAUGGCCUAUGACAGGUUUGUUGCUAUUUGCCAGCCUUUACACUAUCACAGUAAAAUGACAUUUAGGACGGUGCUGCUGCUUUUGAGUUUUGCUGUGUUGUUCCCUGUAUUAAUUGUUGCCUACUUUUUAUAUAUGGCCAGCAGUUUGCCUUUGUGUGGAAAUAAACUGCACAGAAUUUUUUGUACCAACUGGUCUGUAGUUGAGCUCUCCUGUGUGGACACAGUUGUGAUCAACAUAGUAGGUCAAAGUGUUGCUGUGACAUCAAUCUUUACCCCCCUGUCCUUUGUCCUGUACACCUACCUGCGCAUUCUGCUUGUCUGCAGGAGAAGUUCAUCUGAAUUCAGAGGAAAGGCUUUACAGACCUGCCUGCCCCACAUAGUGACCUUUGGGAACUAUUGCAUCUCAAUAUUCUGUGAGGUUUCACUGAGUUGGUAUAAUGUUAAUGAAGUAAAAUCAUUUGUCUUUGUUGCUUUAUCUCUGGAGUUUCUGAUCAUCCCUCCCCUCAUGAACCCUCUGGUUUACGGCCUGAACCUGCCUCAGAUCAGAGCAGUGAUCUUUGGUUCUCUAAUG